AUGCAGAAAUGCCAUAAUUACCUAUUUUUCACAAAUUUUAAAAGAAGAAGAAAAAUAAUGAAAGAAUUAAACCAAAGAUUACAAACAACAACAAUUUUGGAUUUAAUUAUUAAAUUAUUUAUUUUUCCUAAUUUAAUUAUUGGGUUUUUAAGUAAUUUGUCAAUUGUUUCAGCGCAAUAUCCACAACAACAAGGAGCUGCCAUUUUACAUUCCAAUUGGCCCCAAUCUAGGUCCCAACAACAACAAACAAAUAAUAAUCGUCUUCCUUCUCGCCAAACAAAUUUAUUGCCAAAAAUUCCGAUAGCCAUUUCUCCAGGCAAAAAUCAUUUACAAGGAAUUCGUCGUUUACAAACAUUUUCACAAACAGAAGAACAAACACCAGAAUUUUUAAAUAGUUUAGAACAUAGACAUUUAAGGCAUAUUGCUUCUCAACCAAUACAACAAAAUAAAAAUUCUUUAGCCAAUAAUAGACCAACAAAUGUCAAAAAUGGGAGAAAAAUGACAACAAUGCUUCAGAAAGCUCGGAUUCCUCCAAAAAUUGCAUCCGCUAUAGAAGGGAAAGAAAUUAUGGCAAUGAGUUCUGCUGAAGCAGAGGAAUUAGCACUUAAACUUUUACAGGAGGCAGGUGUUGAACAUUCAUCUUCAUCCUCCUCUUCAUCGGAGGAGGAAGAAAGUGAAGAGCAAACAAUAACAACUAAAAGACCACCAAUAACAACAAUAAAACCAACAAAAAAAGAAAGAACUGAAAUACCCUCAUUUUCUAAUAAUUCUUUUGUAGCUGGAUCUUCCUCUCUAUUGCCUAUAAGAAAAUUUAGAUUGAUUCAACAACAACGUAAAAUACUAAGGGACAGUUUAAACAGAACAAAAUCAACUACAGAAAGUUCUACUACUACAACAACAACUACCACAACAACAUUAAUAACAACACCAACAACAGAAAAACAAACAAUUACUACACCUAUAACAACAACUCAGUCAACCCCAAAAACAACAAUUAAAAUACCAAAUUCGUCUAUUCGCCCUCAGAGGAGAAAUGGUUUAAAUGUUCCAAGGGCUCGUAAAUUGACUGGUGGACAUAAUCGAAUUGUUCCUUCUCAAAGUAGUAGCAGUGCGGGGAUUGAUGAACAGGAAAAUAAAAAUAAUGAUGACCAAUUUGAUUUAACCUCGGCAAGACGUGCACUUCUUGAAGCUCAAUUAUCACAACAAAAACAACAACGAUUACAACAACAAAAUGAAGCAAAUAAUCAACAACCAAAACCUUGGCAACCAUCACUUAGAAUGCUUAGACACAGACAUAGACAACGAUUAUUAGAGGAACAAAAAAAUAAUAAUAAUAAUAGUGUUAUUCAAACAAUACGUAAUAAUAAACAAAAACAACAAUUAUUGAAUAGACAAUUAUUUGGGGAUGAAAAUAAUAAUUUAGCUGUUGAAUGGAGAAAUCGGCAAUUUGGUAUAAGAAAUCGUCAACAACAACAAAAUGAAUUAAUUAAAGAUCAACUUGGCAAAGAAUUAUUACAAAUUGAGGGUAAUGAUGACAAUAAUGAGAAGGGAAGACAAUCCCUUCAACUUGAACGCCGUUUCCGUUUAGUUCCAAAUAAAGUUGUAUUCCGCCCUAGACUUAAAAUAAGAAGACCCCAAAAUAUUGAAAAUCUUAACGGCCAACAACGUCCAAGUAUUCAAUUACCAGAAAAUUCAGCUUUUGGAACUGAACAAAAAAGAGGAAGUCAUUUACCUAUUGCUUUACCAUCCCUCAGUUUGUUUGGGGAAGAACCUUCGGAACAACCAAUUCCAGUACCACCAGCACCUGGAGAACCUCCUCCUUCCCAAGUUGCAACACAAACAAUAAGAGAAACGUCAACAACAACAACUGAUACAACAACAACAACGACUACAUCACAACCUUUACCUGCACCAGCAAUGGAAGUUGGUUCAAUGGGAGAACAGCCACCAAUGAAAUUAGAGGGGGGACCACCAACUAUUACUGCUACAACCCAAGAAACAACCACACAACCAUCUCAAAAAAUUGAGGAAAAUGGAGGAAAUAGUCAUGGAGAAGAUAGUGGAAUUAUAGGAAAUAGUGGACUUGUGGGAGAUGGGCCUGGUCCUCUACCUCCAGGGUUUUCUGAAGCUGGUGCCGGUUUUAUUGGUUUGUCUAAUGGUGCAGAAGAUAAUGGAUUGAGUUUUGGUUCUGGACCUGAGGUUGGAACAUUUCCGCCCGGUUUAAAAGAAUCUUUUGGAUUAAAUGGUUUUGUGACUGAAUUAGAAACAACAUUAUUAUCUAGUACAGAAGCACCAACUACAACAACUAGCACGCAAACAACAACAACAAUAACUGAAUUACAAACAACAACUGAAGUAUCAACUACAUUAAUACCUACUACAACAACAGAAUUACCAACAACAACGCAAACUCCUGCACCACCACCUCCUCCCCCAGAAGAAGCUUUUGUUAUUCCUGAAAAUUCUGGUCUUCGCCCUGUAGCUCCGCCAAAAGAAUUUUUCGGAGCUGGAGGUUUUGGCAGUAGUUCUGCAGGUCGUGGAGGUGGGGGAUUUGGAAAUAAUGGAGUUAUUGGGGGAAGUAAUGGCAAAAGUCGUGGUGGUUGGGAACCUCCUCCUCCCGAUGCCCAAGUUGAACCUCCUCUCAAACCUGAAGACUUUUAUACUGGCGAUUCUGCAUUAAUUCCAAAUAAGAAAGGACCGGAUGGUGAUGGUUAUGGGCCUUCUGCUUCCCUUCCCGGCUCUGCUCUUCCUCAAACACCUCCACCUAUUGGAACUAGCGGGGCUGUUUCUGGCGGUAUUCCAAUGCUUCCACCAUUUCGUCCAAUACCUAACGCGAUUGGCAUUCCACCGGUUGCUGGUAUGGGGAUUUUAGCUCCUCCACAAGAAGCUGUGCCGGAAAAUGAGGCGACAACUGUAAAACCUUCUGCUCUUCUAAAUAUUAUUAACAAGGCAGAUGAAGGCUUUAAUCAAGUAAUUACUCACUUUGAACAGGGUACACCUUUAGAAGCUGCUGCUAUUGAUAUUAUGGAGGUAGCUUUAGGUAGUCAAAAACUAGACAGUCAAGCAAAAUUGCUCAGCCAUGUUGACCGCGCUUUUGGACUUGACAAUUUACAAAGGUUACAGCGUUGGGCAAAUACUGGAGGGGCUUUAGAUUUAAUUAAAGAACAGUUUGCAAAAAUUGCCAAAAAUUACAAACCCCCACAAGAAACAGCUAAUUUAUUUACUGUACCGCCCCAAUUAGAAUAUCUCUUCCAAAAUCCAAGUUCUGGUCGGCGCAAAUAA